AUGGGGGAGGAAGAAAGAAUAGAGGAAAGAGGGCGUGUUCCAUCCAUCCACUCGGCCACUGUGGGAACUGUAUCGCGAGCAUUCGCUCUCCCCAUUGGUCCGCGGCCGGCCACUUGUCUCCCUGUCGGAUCGCCGCUCUGGGACUCGGAAGAGACAAGCCAGAACACGGAUCGCGUUUCGAUCAGACCAAGCGAGAAGAUGAACUUGAGUAACAACAGUUCUCUUCAGCCUUACGGCCAGCCGGCCCCGGACAUCGCCUUCCAGUCGUACUACGCGUGUGGCGCGGGCGGGGAGACCUUCUACGUGUGGCCGGCCUUCGCGACCAGCCCGGACGCUACCAGUCCGGUCGCAGGUCCGGUACGCUGCUUGAAGAGGCGCGUCACCAACAAUCGGAAAGAGAGGAGGCGCACGAUGAGCAUCAAUAACGCUUUUGCGGACCUACGGUCGUGUAUUCCAAACAUCCCGUCUGACAGUAAAUUGUCGAAGAUAAAGACUUUGAGAUUGGCCACCAGUUACAUCGCUUAUUUGACGAAAGUGCUAGCCGGAGAGGAAGAGUCUACCACCCCGCAGGCGACUUUCGUGGCUGAAAUCGCCCAACCAGUUGACCACAGCAAAAGAGGCGAUCUAGUGGGGACCAAUAUAUUAAAAACUAGAAAACGCAGUGGACGAACAGGAUGGCCAGAACAUGUGUGGGCUUUAGAAUUGAAGGAGAACACGUAG